AGUUGGUGAUCAUUAAUUUGCACUCCACUCGUGAAGAAAAAUCCAAAGGUGCUAUCAUUAUAUUAUAACCCAAAGGUACAGCCACCUUCUUCCGCUGGAGGCCACAACACACGCAACCAAGCACCGGUAGCCACCCACCUCGCACCGAGACAACAGCUGUGCUCACCGCCGGGCAUGGACUCACCGCUGAGCAGGCCUGCGCUGCUCGCGCUAUCCUUGCUCCUCCUCGCGCUCUACCUCGCCCGCCGGCACCUCGCCCGCGGCAAGAACCGGACGUACCCGCCGGUGGCCGGCACCGUGCUGCACCAGGUGCUCAACUUCGGCCGCCUGGUGGAGUACCAAACCGAGCUCUCCCGCAGGUACCCCACCUUCCGCAUGCUCACCCCGACCUGCAACUACGUCUACACCGUCGAGCCCGCCAACGUGGAGUACAUCCUCAAGACCAACUUCGCCAACUACGGCAAGGGGGUGAUGACGCACGACGUGAUGGAGGACCUCCUCGGCGACGGCAUCUUCAACGUGGACGGCGCCAAGUGGCGGCACCAGCGGAAGGUCGCCAGCCACGAGUUCUCCACCCGGGUGCUGCGCGACUACAGCAGCGCCGUGUUCCGCGACACGGCCGCGGAGCUCGCGGGCAUCGUGGCCGCCGCGGCGCGGGGAGCCGGGGAGAGGCUGGACAUUUCGGACCUCCUGAUGCGCUCGACGCUGGACUCCAUCUUCGAGAUCGGUUUCGGCGUCAACCUUGGCUCCCUGACCGGAUCCAGCGAAGAGGGCGCGGCGUUCGCCAGGGCGUUCGACGACGCCAGCGAGCAGGUGCUGUACCGCUUCUUCGACCUGUUCUGGAAGGUGAAGCGGUUCUUCAGCAUCGCGUCGGAGGCGGCCAUGAAGCGCUCGGUCCGCACCAUCGACGGUUUCGUCUACGCCGUCAUCGACAGGAAGAUCGAGCAGAUGGGCAGAAACCAUCAGGAAUUCGCCAAGAAAGAGGACAUCCUGUCGAGGUUCCUGCUCGAGCGGGAGCGAGACCCCGGCUGCUUCGACAACAAGUACCUGCGGGACAUCAUCCUCAACUUCGUGAUCGCCGGCCGCGACACCACGGCGGGGACCCUGGCCUGGUUCCUCUACGAGCUCUGCAGGAACCAGCGCGUCCAGGAAAAGAUCGCGGAGGAGGUGCGCGCCGCCACCGCCACGGGCGACCGCGACGUCGGCGCGCAGGAGCUCGUGGCGUGCCUGACCGAGGACGCCAUCGGCAAGAUGCAGUACCUGCACGCCGCGCUGGCGGAGACGCUGCGGCUCUACCCGGCCGUGCCCAUGGAUGUGAAGUACUGCUUCUCGGACGACACGUUGCCGGACGGCUACGCAGUGAACCAAGGGGACAUGGUGAACUACCAGCCGUACCCCAUGGGCAGGAUGAAGUUCCUGUGGGGCGCGGACGCCGAGGAGUUCAGGCCGGAGAGGUGGCUCAACGACGACGGUGUGUUCGUCCCCGAGAGCCCCUUCAAGUUCACGGCUUUCCAGGCGGGGCCUCGCAUCUGCUUGGGGAAGGAGUUCGCGUACAGGCAGAUGAAGAUCUUUGCGGCCGUGCUGCUCCACCUCUUCAGACUCGAGAUGUGGGAUGCUGAUGCCACGGUGGGCUACCGCCCUAUGCUGACGCUCAAAAUGGACGGCCCGCUCUUCGUGCGCGCGUCGCUCCGGAGGCCAUGAGAUGGGGGUGAAGCCUUGUGCCAAAAGGUCAACCGCGCAUGUCCCAUGGUCUGGCCGUCGAGUCGGACUUAAAAAUACGAUCUUUCCAUCUGUUAGUGUCAUUUAUCGAUAACGUGGGGGUUCAGCAGCCGUGCAUCAGUGCAUACCGUUUAAAUUUAGCACCGAAGCUAUAUAGUAUUGGGACCUAUAAAAAUAAAUGGGCAGCGCUACUCAUAUGUCCUGUCUAUUCAGGCUACUAGUACUACGCAGGAGUGUACUUCAGCAGCAUCCAUAAAUAAAUAUAUUGCUGUUUAAUAUUUGGCACCAUA